GGCCACUUGUCUCUGGGACAAGUUUCGGUUGUUUUAAAGUGUUCACCGGUGAUUAAAAACAAGCCUGGGAUAUAACGAUGAGAAAAAGCGAGGUGCUCGCAGCAGAGGCUGUGUCGUGCCUGAAUAAAGCUCUGUGUCACCUGAAGGACAUCUGGGAGGAGAUCGGUAUCCCAGAGGACCAGAGGCUGCAGAGAACCAAUGUAGUCAAGAACCACAUUAAGAGCCUUCUGGACAUGAUGAUCAAAGAAGAGGAGUCUCUGAAAAAGAGGCUCAUAACCAGCAUUGAGGCCUGCAGGACAGACAUGGAGAAACUCUGCUUGGAACUUCAGCUCCCUGUGUUUGAGGAGGAGGAAGGUGUCACCAUGCUGCAGCAGGAGAAGAACAUCCGCACACAGGUGGAGGCUCUGAUGAAGGAGAGGACUCAGCGGAUGCAGCAGCUGAAGCUUCUGCUGGAGCAGGACCAGGACCUGGUAGACAUUAUGUGCUCCAUGCCGUACGGCAUCGCUGCGGACAUUGUGCCCUCGAUGGAGCAGCUGGAGAACUUCCGCCAGCACAUCGCCAACCAGAACAUAGAGAAGGCAAAGCGACAUGCUGAGUUCGUGGACGUCAAAAAGCAGAUCAUCUUGCACAUGCAGGAGCUGGACCACAUCCCCGAGACCAGCUUCGAGAAGGACGUCGUCUGUGAGGAUGAAGACUCCUUCUGCCUUUCCAGAGACAAUAUAACGUCACUCAAACUGCUUCUUUGUCAGUUAGAGGAGCGUAAAGCUGAGAUCGAGGCGACAUGUGAGAGUCACAGAGAGAAGAUCCAGCAGCUUUGGGACCGACUGCAGACUCCCCAGGAGGAGAGGGAGGCCUUCAACGAACACAUGGUCACAUCCAGGAAGAGGAACCUGGAGGCGUUACAAGCAGAAGUGCAGCGUCUGGAGGAGCUCAAACUGCUGAACAUCCGUAACGUCACAGAAGCCAUCCGGUCCGAGGUCGCCGUGUUCUGGGAAAAGUGCUUCUUCAGCAUUGACCAGCGGCAGGAUUUUGCACCGUAUUUUAGCGAGGAUUUUACUGAAGAGCUGUUGAGCCUGCAUGACGCUGAGAUCGAGCGACUGAAGCAGCAUUACGAGGAUCACAAAGAGCUCUUUGACGGGGUUCACAGAUGGGAAGAAAGCUGGAGACUCUUCCUUGAGCUGGAGAAAAAAGCAACAGAUCCGGCGAGGUUCACUAACAGAGGAGGGAAUCUUCUGAAAGAGGAGAAACAGAGGUCUGAGCUGCACAAAAGCCUGCCAAAGCUGGAAAAGAAAUUAAAAGCCCAGAUUGACACUUGGGAAGGUGAACAGGGCCGAGAGUUUCUAGUAAACGGCCAGAAGUUUCUGCAGUAUGUGGAGGAGCAGUGGGAGCUGCACCGAAUAGAGAAGGAAAAGGAGAAACAAGAACGGCACCUUAAGAAGAGCAAACAGACGGAGGAGGACAUGCUGUACGGAACAGCAGUACGAACCCCGACCAAACGCAGAUUCCUCGGCUCCAAUACUCCAAAUAAAACAAGAAAGCUGUUUAAUGCAACUUCCAGCAUUUCCAGUGGCACCUCUAACAGCACCAUGCGCUCCGUCUAUGGAGGAACUGUGUGUCGCUCACCUGUGCCCCGCCCUCCUCUCUCCGCUAAUAAGGUUCCAGCGUCGCGGACACCAGGUGGCGGUAAACCCCCCCACUCAAGACCGCAGGGCUGCAACAAGGAGAAUGAGGCACAGCUGAAGGGUACGCCUCUGAGUGGUGCGUUGCUGACCGCUGCUAGUCCACAGCGUAACUUCAGCAUAGCCUCUGUUGCCAGCACAUAUUCAGAGUUUGUGCGAGACCUGUCCAAGGCCUCUAACGCCAAGAUCCAGCACGACAUCCUGAACUCCACCACCUCCAACCUGUGACCUCCUCACUCUGAUGCCGCCUGCAUCAGCUCAUAAUAUCACAGCCCCUCCAAUGACGUUCUGGCCUCAUCCAGGAAGGAUCACUACCUUUCACUGCUCUGCUUUUAUAUGUAAAUGAAGGUGAUAAUAUAUAAAGUGUUACGUCUCUGAUAAACGAGGGACAAAGGAUCUGUUGUCGGUUUAUCGCUGUCUGCAGAAGAAACAAAAAUGUUUGUAUCGUAAGCUAAACUAACACUACUUUGGCUCUCUUGGCCGAUUACUGAGAUGUUUGUAUCUUUUACUGCACAUUUUUUUUUUAUGAUAAAAAGAGACAAAAGAAAGUUUAGCUUUCUGAAGUUAUGCAAUCCGGGAUUACAGGCCAAAUGUAUUAUGAGUAUGUUGCACUUUUGUUUUCUUUUCUUUUUAGAAAAUAUAUUGCAAUGCUUAGUGUAAUUUCACUUUGACUCACACUGUUCCUUCCAAAUCCGUUUUUAUAAAUGUGUAUAUAUUUCUCUGUCUGCUGUUUCUUCGUAGAAACUCGACUGUUUCACAAAGACUGUUAUGACUCGUAGUUAAAGUGUAUUGGUGCUUCAUACUAGUUGAAUUAUACUUAAAUUGCACGGAUUCAAAAUCAUGGCUGAUUUGGAAAGCUUUGUCAGAAUAAAAUAAAUGUAUUUUCUACACAAAAA